UUCUUUAUGGCUUGUAAUAUGACUUCUCUUAUGAACAUUACAACAUCAUCUUAUUCUAUUUCUACUUCUAUUGCUUCACUGCUCUUGUCUAAAUUGUUGCUGCUAGGAGAAGAGCAUGGCUUCCAACAUGCUCUCCAUUGCCAAUCCGUCUCUCCGGGUUUACAACAAGGGAUUCUCUGAAUUUGCUGGUCUACACACUUCAUCUCUUCCCUUUGCUCGCAAGGGUUCUGAUGAUUUGGUCGCUUUAGUGGCCUUCCAGACUAAUGCCGUUGGUGGAAACAGAAGUAGCCAGAAAGGUGUUGUUGAGGCAAAACUCAAGGUAGCAAUCAAUGGAUUCGGAAGGAUUGGAAGGAACUUUCUAAGGUGUUGGCACGGUAGGAAGGACUCUCCCCUUGAUGUCGUAGUCAUCAACGACACCGGAGGUGUGAAACAAGCUUCCCACCUCCUCAAGUACGACUCCAUCCUUGGCACAUUCGACGCUGAUGUUAAGCCAUCUGGGGACAAUGCCAUCUCUGUUGACGGCAAACUCAUCCAAGUUGUUUCUGACAGAAACCCUUCAAACCUACCUUGGGGGGACUUGGGCAUUGACUUGGUUAUCGAGGGUACAGGUGUGUUCGUAGACAGGGAGGGUGCAGGGAAGCACUUACAAGCAGGGGCAAAGAAGGUGUUGAUUACAGCCCCUGGAAAGGGAGACAUACCAACCUAUGUUGUAGGUGUCAACGAGGAAGGUUACAGUCAUUCAGACACCAUCAUCAGUAACGCUUCCUGUACCACUAACUGCUUGGCUCCCUUUGUUAAGGUUCUCGACCAGAAAUUUGGCAUCAUCAAGGGAACCAUGACCACCACCCACUCCUACACUGGAGACCAAAGACUCCUCGAUGCUAGCCACAGGGAUCUAAGACGUGCAAGAGCAGCAGCCUUGAACAUCGUCCCAACAUCAACUGGUGCAGCCAAGGCUGUUGCCUUAGUCCUCCCUAGUCUCAAAGGCAAGCUUAACGGAAUUGCUCUUCGUGUUCCUACCCCCAACGUCUCUGUGGUAGACCUUGUCGUCCAAGUCACCAAGAAAACCUUCGCUGAAGAAGUUAAUGCUGCCUUCAGAGAGUCUGCUGACAACGAACUCAAAGGCAUUCUGUCAGUCUGUGAUGAGCCUCUGGUGUCUGUUGACUUCAGAUGCACCGACGUUUCUUCUACUGUCGAUUCUUCCUUGACCAUGGUUAUGGGAGAUGAUAUGGUGAAAGUUAUCGCAUGGUAUGAUAAUGAAUGGGGUUACUCUCAAAGAGUUGUUGAUCUAGCUGACAUUGUUGCUAACAAGUGGCAGUAAUUGAUCAUUUGCUAAACAAAACAAACUCACUCUCUUUGCCUCAUUGAUCAUGCUUAGUAAAAUGAUCACCAAUUUUCCCAUGUUGUUAGUAAUUGUUUUCUUCUUUUUGUAAUAAGAGAUCUUUUCUAAACUUGUAUAGGACAGAAUUCAAGUAUUCGUGCAUAUAAACUAAUUAUUAUGUGGGAGAAACAAAUUAAUUCCUUGGCCUUGUGGAAGAUGGGUUAUUGCUUUAUAUCAAUGUUCUUGACUUCUUGGUAAA